AUGAAGAGCAGCUCAAAAAAGGAAUCUCCCCAACAUCCGCGUGUCCAGAUGUCCCAACAACAUCAAUUCUAUCAAGGGAUGGGACAACAGGGACAAAUUCCACAAAUGGGACAACAGGGACAACAAUUUGGACUUCCUUUCAAUUUUGGAGGAUAUUCCCAAAAUACACAACAGGGAUCUUCUGGGCAGGCUCAGGCUCAGAAUUCAAAUUCUUCUGGAACAGGAGCAAGUGAACCAGUUGGCAGUCCGGAUGACUUGGAAAUAUUUUUCUGA